AUGGCGCUGACAGGCGACAUCUACAAGCUCAUGAGCACCGAAGACAUGCUCCAAGGCCACGCCGAGCUGUGCAUCCACGCCUACGGCUUCGUCAAGUCCAUGGCGCUCAAAUGUGCCAUGGAGCUUGGCAUUCCCGGUGCCAUACACGACAACGGCGGCGGCGCCACGCUAGACGAGCUGGCCAAAAGGAUUUCGCUCCCUCCCUCCAGGCUCCCGCGCCUGCGCCGCCUCAUGCGCGUGCUCACCGUCUCGGGCGUCUUCUCGGUCCAACACCAGCCGGACUCCGCAGGAGAUGCCGUCUACGGCCUCACCCUAUCCUCCCGCCUCCUCGUCGCCAACGACGAGACAUCGUCGGGACUUACUCGCCUCGUGUCCCUCAUGCUGGACCCAAACCUCACCGCGCCGUUCUCCGGCAUGAGCGCGUGGUUCAUGGACGACGAGCGGCCGCGCUCCUUCUUCGAGAUGCACCACGGGGAGGACAUGUGGGACAUGGCCACGCGGGACGCCGCUCUGAGCAGGACCAUAAGCGACGGCAUGACCGACGACAGCCGCUUCAUCGUGGAGGUGCUCCUGAGGGAGAGCCGCGCGCGCGACGUCUUCCGCGGGGUGCGCUCGAUGGUUGACGUCGGCGGCGGCACCGGCGCCAUCGCGAGGGCCAUCGCAGCCGCGUUCCCUCACGUGGAGUGCAGCGUCCUUGACCUGCCUCACGUCGUCGCGGCGGCACCUGAAGACGGCGACGUGCGGUUCGUCUCCGGCGAUAUGUUCGAGUAUAUUCCCCAGGCAAACGCUGUUCUUCUCAAGUCGGUGAUGCAUGAUUGGCGAGACGACGAGUGCGUGAAGAUUCUACGCAAGUGCAAGGAAGCCAUCCCUUCAAAGGACGCCGGAGGAAAGGUGAUAAUUAUAAACAUGGUGGUUGAUUCAGGAACAUCAGAACAGGGAAACACCCUAAAGGGGGAGUCACAAGUAUUGUAUGAUCUCUUCCUCAUGGUUUUCGAGGGAGGCGAGCGAGAGGAGCACGAGUGGGAGAAGAUCUUCCUGGAGGCCGGAUUCAGUGGCUACAAGAUCAUACCGGUGCUAGGCAUCAGGUCCAUCAUCGAGGUGUAUCCUUAA